CCCAAGAUCGCCAACAGCGCAUCAUCUGCCGAUCCUCCACCAGGCCCGGCGCCAGCAACAACAUCAAAGCGGCACUCCUGAGAGAAGCCACCCCCCCCCUGCCAGCACCAUGAAUGCACUGUUCCAGCCGCGCCCGACAGCCAACUCGGCUGCCAUCCAGGCGCAAAACCUGCAGAGCCAGCCGUGGAUCGAAAAGUACCGCCCCAAGUCCAUGAACGAAGUGGCUUCGCAGGAAGAGGCCGUUGCGGUGCUGAAGAAAACCAUGGAGUCUCAGAAUCUCCCGCAUCUUCUGUUUUACGGCCCUCCAGGCACCGGAAAGACGUCCAGCAUACUGGCGUUGGCACGGGAGCUGUACGGACCAGAGAUGAUCAAGGCCAGGGUGCUUGAGCUGAAUGCAUCAGACGAACGCGGUAUCGAUGUGAUCCGGGCCAAGGUCAAGGAUUUCGCUCGAGUGGCAGUUGGAUCAUCAAAAUCGAGCGAGUACCCGUGCCCGCCAUACAAGAUCAUCAUUCUGGAUGAGGCAGACUCAAUGACAGCCGAGGCGCAGUCGGCCUUGCGGCGGACGAUGGAGACCUACUCCAAGAUCACUCGCUUCUGUCUUAUCUGCAACUACGUCAGCCGCAUCAUCGAGCCGCUGGCCUCGCGCUGUGCCAAGUUUCGUUUCAAGCCUCUGGAUCGUGUGUCCAUCAAAGCUCGCCUUGACCACAUUGCAAAGCAAGAAAACGUCAACUGCUCUGACGAGGUACUUGACAAGCUGGUGGACAUAUCCGACGGCGAUAUGCGAAAGUCAAUCAUGUACCUGCAAAGCGCCCACCGUCUCUGUCGCGACGAGUCGACGAUCACUGCCGACAUCAUAUGCGAAAUCGGCGGGGUUAUUCCACAGAGCCUCGUCAGCGAGAUGCUCGCUGUCUGGCAGCCUCCUCGCAAUUUCGAAAGUGCCCAGAAGACGGUCGAGCGAGCUGUUCGCUCUGGCUACAGCGCCACGCAGCUCAUUUCGCAGCUCCACGACCAGCUGCUCAAAAGCGAACACAUCGGCGACAAGGACAAGGCUAUGAUGUGCCAGCGGCUCGCCCAAGUGGACCGCUGCCUCGUGGAUGGCGCCGACGAAGAGCUCCAGCUGCUGCAGCUACUCACGAUGGCGUAGUUGGCCAUAUGGGAUAUGCUGCAGAUGUUGCUGUCGUCGCUGCAAGUGGACAGGGCAGUGCCUUGCAGCGUCCUCAUCGACCACAUGGCCAGCUGAAUAACACAUGCACUAUCGCCCAGCCCAAUCUCGCGAAGCUCACUUCCGAAACACGCAUCAGUGUCUCGACGGUCA